AUGCCGCUUGCAGCAGCUGCCGCUUUAGUCAUCGCAGGUGUCUCCUUGGCCAUCUUAGUUGGCGCCACUCUUCGUGCCCAGGCGGCCUUUGCCACCGCGGCCCGUGCAGAGCUCCGCCGUGCGGCCGCAGAGAGCGAGGCACGACGCCUGGAGCAAGCGAGGCACCACGAGGAGCGGAGGACCAUGGCCAUGGCCGAGACGGAGGACACCGUCACGCCUCGAAGCAGUCCGGUGAGUGCCAUGAGCCAAAUGAGCCCGAACCGCAACUCGGCGUCCCUUCGCUUCAGCGUGCUGCUGUUGGAUCAUGACGAUACUACCGUUCGUGGGACUGAGGAGGUGCACUACCCAGCACAUGUCGAGAGCGUGAAGGCUUUACGACCUGACUUGAUACCUGUCUCCCUCGCUGGGUGGUUUCAGAAGAAUCAUGAUCCUGGUGUUUCGUGCUACCUCAAAUCUCUCUUCACACCCGAGCUAAUGCAAGAGGAGCACAAGAUUUGGAGGAAAGCAAUGGAUGAAAAGAUUCCAUCGUUCUACGAAGGCAUUCCGGAGCUACUGAGUGAGUAUCGAGCGAAAGGUGGUCGAGUGGCUGUGGUGUCUCACAGCCCUGCUGAAGUCAUUCACCGUCACUAUGAAGCACAUCCUUGGGCGGAGCAAAUUCGACCAGAUUUAGUUCUGGGAUGGGAUGAUGACCCAGCCCGUCGCAAGCCUGCGCCAUGGCCAGCGAUUCAUGCUCUAGACUACUUCAAAGCAAAGCCGAGUGAUGCCUUAGUGAUUGACGAUCUAUCGCCGGGUGUAAAAAUGGCCAAGGCUGCAGGCCUCGAGGUGGUGGCAGCUGGCUGGGGCCAUUCAGUUCAGCCCAUCCAGGAUUACAUGCGCCAAGAGUGUCAGCAAUACUUCGAGACCGUGCAGGAUCUGGCUGCGUUCCUUCUAGAGCCAGCAAGUCCAGAUUGA